AUGCGGGAGCGCUCCCGCCCCCGCGGCCGGCGGGAGGCGGGCGGCGGCGCGGGUGGGGCGGACGCGUCGCCCCGCAGAGAGCGGCGGGGGGAGCCAGCGGCGGGCUGCGGGCACGGGCCGGCCAUGGAGGAAGGGGCAGCAGACCUGCGACAGAGAAAGAAACAAAACUGCACAGAAUCUGACAAAAUGGCUCCAGAAGAGAGAAACAAAGAAAAUUCAAAGCUGGGAAGGUCGCCAAAAUAUCUGUUAAUCCAGCGCUUUGCAAAGCUUUUCUUUGGCUGUCUCGCGGCGGUCACCAGUGGAAUGAUGUAUGCUGUGUACCUCUCCACGUAUCAUGAGCGGAAAUUCUGGUUUUCCAGCAGGCAGGAACUUGAACGAGAAAUUACAUUUCAGGGUGACAGUGCCAUUUAUUACUCAUUCUAUAAAGAACUGCUAAAGGCUCCUUCAUUUGAAAGAGGUGUUUAUGAAUUGACACACAACAAUAAGACAAUAUCACUGAAGACCAUAAAUGCUGUCCAGCAAAUGACUUUGUACCCAGAGUUGAUUGCCAGUGUUUUAUAUCAAGCAUCUGGUAGUGAAGAAGUUAUUGAACCAGUGUAUUUCUACAUUGGUAUAGUUUUUGGACUGCAGGGAAUUUAUGUGACUGCAUUGUUUGUAACCAGUUGGGUUAUGAGUGGGACUUGGCUGGCAGGAAUGCUGACUGUAGCAUGGUUCAUUAUUAACAGAACAGACACAACAAGAAUUGAUUAUUCCAUACCAUCAAGAGAAAAUUGGGCUUUGCCAUAUUUUGCAUGUCAAGUAGCAGCUCUCACAGGCUAUUUAAAAAAGAACCUAAACUGUUCUGCUGAGAAGUUUUGUUAUCUUCUGGUGAAUGCCUCAACAUACACCUUCAUGAUGAUGUGGGAAUACAGUCAUUAUCUCCUGUUUGUCCAGGCUGUUUCUCUUUUCCUGCUGGACAGCUUUGCCCUAGCACAGACAGAGAAGGUGCAUGAGGUAUACAGAAUCUACCUGUUUUCUGUCAUUGUGGGGUACCUUCUGCAGUUUGAAAAUUCAGCCUUACUAGUGUCACCAUUACUGAGUCUUGUGGUAGCUUUAAUGCUCUCCAAAUCCCUUCAGAUGAAUAUGAAAAAAAGCACAUUUGUGUCAAGAUUGCUGAAAAUAAUGUAUAUUUAUUUGGUACUUACAGUAGCAGUGACACUAAACUUCUUAUUAAAGAUGUUCAUUCCUCAUAAAGAAAAUGGGCAUUUGCUGAAGUUCAUUGAAGUAAAACUUGGCUUAAACACAACUAAGAAUUUUACAAUGAAUUGGCUCCUUUGUCAAGAAUCUCUUCAGGCACCCUCCCAAGACUUUUUUUUGCGACUAACACAGUCAUCACUGUUGCCUUUUUAUAUUUUAGUAUUAAUUAUCUGCCUUUUUUCUGUAACUCAGGUCAUUUUUAGGAGAAUUUGUGGUGAACCACUGAAAGAGACAGUUAAACUUGAGGAUGGUCGAAUUGGAGAGAGGCCAGAAAUAGUUUAUCAUGUAAUUCACACAAUUUUGCUUGGUUGUCUAGCGAUGUGUUUGGAAGGAAUGAAAUAUCUAUGGACACCUUAUGUUUGUAUGCUUGCUGCAUUUGGUGUGUGUUCUCCUGAACUUUGGAUGACGCUUUUCAAGUGGCUUCGACUGAAAGCUGUGCACCCAAUACUGCUGGCUCUUAUCCUGAGUAUGGCAGUUCCCACUAUAAUUGGAUUCAGCUUGUGGAAAGAGUUUUUCCCUAGAAUAAUGACAGAGCUUACGGAACUGCAAGAAUUCUAUGAUCCUGAUACAGUAGAACUUAUGACAUGGAUAAAACGCCAGGCUCCCGUGGCUGCCGUGUUUGCAGGCAGCCCACAGCUCAUGGGUGUGAUCAAGCUCUGUACAGGAUGGAUGGUGUCGAGCCUGCCUUUGUAUAAUGAUGAUGAUCUCCUGAAAAGAAAUGAGAAUAUUUAUCAGAUCUAUUCAAAGAGGUCAGCAGAGGAUAUUUAUAAGAUACUCACAUCUUACAAAGCAAACUUUCUGGUUAUUGAAGAUUCAAUUUGCAAUGAAGUGGGACCUGUAAGAGGAUGUAGAGUUAAAGAUCUGUUGGAUAUUGCUAAUGGUCAUGUGGUUUGUGAGGAAGGUGACAACUAUGCCUACUCAAAAUAUGGACGAUUUUGUCAUGAAAUCAAAAUGAACUAUUCUCCAUAUGUGAAUUAUUUCACUCGAGUAUACUGGAAUAGAUCCUACUUUGUAUAUAGAAUCAACACUGUGAUAUCCUUCCAGUCCUGAAAAAGCAUGCAAGCUUCUUUCUGAGGAUUGAUUGUGAAUGAAUUUCAGUUGGAAAAGUUCCUUUUGAGCAAGGAAGUCUAUUUUUGCAGAUAGAUGUGCACACAUGCAGUGUACUGACAACUUUACUCUACCAAACUGAAAUUCUUUGAUCUACAGAUCAGCUGAUACAUAUACCAUCCUUGAAGGAAACAGGAACAUUUAUCAGUUUUACAGUCUCUACAAUGUGCUACAGUCUUCCAUGUUUUUACGUUUUUCUUCCCAUUAGAAAUCAUCUUAAUCUUCAUGUAAAUGUGAUUUCUAACUUUAGUGUUAGAGAGUUGAUAUGCAUAGACUUCAGUAAAUACAGAAAAAUUAUUUAAAGAGCUUGUUUAAGUCAUAUAGCUUUUAAUUUUUAGCAAGAAAGCAAUCACUAUCCCAAGUCUUUUCAAGUAAGUGUUUGGAUUUUUAGUUUGGGGUUUCUUUUUGUUUUGUUUUAAUUCUUCCUGUCUUCCAUGGUAAACAUUUCUGUGUUUCUCAAACACACAUUUAUACAUCUUAUGUGUAGCUAUAUAGUUUUUAUAAAUCAUAUGAGGAAGAUUUUACUUAAACAACACUUCAUUGAUUAAGGCACUGAUCUCUACAUUGUUGUUUCUGUUGUCUACAGAGACAUGUUGGUGGAAAUGCUAGGAAUUAGACCUAGCAAUAGGAGCUGACAAGCUCAGAUCUUCAGUUUGGAAAGAACUUGUCUUCAGCAUUUCUCCACACUUAAAUGUUUGUGUGUGUAUGCAUAAGUGUGUCUUUCUUAGCAGCCACCAGAAUGGGCCAGUAUACCACAGUAUGCCACACUUGUUUUCAGGCAAGUGUAGCAGGACAACCAGGUUUGCUACUGAGACUUCUGCACUUCACUUUCACCCCCUGUGUGUGUGCUGGUGU